GGGCGGAAGGCGAAACGUCACGAUGUGAAAGUUACAGCAAGAUGGCCGCGCAGGUGCAGUUAUUGAGGCUGGAGCCUUUCCCCGAGCACGCGAGUCCCCUGGACGUGCUCGGUACCGAAUGGCAGCUACGUAGCCUUUUUCGCGACCACGCGGGGCCCCCGACCGUCCUGUUCACCCCGAGACGGCCGGCUUCGAGCCCUCGCCAGCCCGCCCUCCUGCUUCGUCUUCUGGCGCUCAGCGGUGAAGAGGCGGCGGCGGGCUUCGGCCGAGCCGCGGUAGUCUCUUCCCCGCCGCCGCCGCCGGGGCCGGGCUCGGUGAGGCUCUUCGCCAGCGGCUUAUUCCUGCGGCUCCGCGGCUUCCCGACGGCGGGGACCCGCGGCAUUGCGUGGCCAGUGCUGCCCGUAAACUUGGACGAGGUGGUGCUGGGUGUCCGCGGAGGACGCUCUUUGGCGCGGGACGACGCCGACGGGCUCGCCGCGAAGCUGCUGGAGCUCUGCGGGGGUGAAAGCUGUCUGCUGGCCCGGCGAGGAGAGCCGCUGCUCGGGGACCGGCCGGGACAGAUACCCGACGUGCUGGUGCUGUCCUGCGGCCCGGUCACGCAGGGUCGCGUCACGCCCCGUACCGCCGUGAUUCUGGCCGACCGGCCGGACGCGGCCGGGCCGGGCCCGCCCUCGAGGGAGCUCCGCCUGUGCGCUUCGGACUUUGCUCACCGCGCCGCCCGCCUGGGAGGGGACUGCUCGCUCCUGGACCGGCGUCUGGGGCUCAGCGGUGUCCCGGAGGAGCCGGAGCGGCGGCUGGACGUGCGCGUGACGGACGUGAGGCGGUGGCUGGAGGCAGACGACGGCCGCGGCGACGCCGACCCAGACGGCAGUCUUUACGUUGGCGGGCGCACGCUGCUCAGGCUGGGGAUGUUUGACGGCGAGUGGGUGGAGCUGCGCUCGACAGGCCCGGCGGACAGAUGGCGAGCGGCCGUCCUCGUCGCUAUCCGCUCGGAGCAGGCGGGCGACGGCGCCUUUGUGUCGGAGACCUUGUGGUUCAACCUGACGGGAGGACGCCAAAGCGUGGGCGCCGCCUGCCGCAUCGGGCUCAAGAGGCGGCGUCGGCAACCGCCGUCCCGGGAUGCCUCCGAGACUUCCCGCGGCUCGGGCCCGCCGCCGGCCGGCGAGCUUCACCUGCGGCCGGUGGCGGCCCCGGCCGAGCGGCCGGCGAGUCGCUACGACGACCUGCUGGCCGCGCACUUCACCGUCCCCAGGCUGGUGGCGCCGGGGGACGUUCUUCUGGUUCCUGCCCGCAACCACCCGGACCUGCUGGAGGACGGCCAGAGGUGCCGGGCACUGUUGUUUUUGGUGCAGCAGGUGUGUCCUGCUGACCAGACGGGAGAAGAAGGGGACGGGCUUUAUCUGGCUGACAGAACGCACACGUCCCUCUUCACGGGGCCGCCGGUCAACGUGUCGGCGCCCCGCGGCGCGGCGCCGUGGAGCGGCCCAUCCCCUCCGGGUCUCGAGCGCGCGGUGGACGCCAUCGGACGUAUCCUCGGCCCGCACCGACACGGCGGCUCCCUCCCGGCGCGCAGGCUCCUGGUCCACGGGCCGGCGGGAAGCGGCAAAGCAACAGCGGUGGCAGCGUCCAGUUCCAGACUGCACCUCCAGCUGAUCAGGGUGGACUGCGUCGGCGUGUGCGGCGACACGCCCGCCGCUACAGAGGCGCGGCUGACUUCCUUGUUGGAGCGGGCCAACGCCUUUCAGCCUUGCGUCCUUUUGCUGAAGAACCUGCAGCUCCUCUUGCAGACUCGCGGGGGCGCCGACGACGCCCGCGUCCAGGCGGCCCUCUGCCACCUGCUUCGUAGUGCCCCUGACAGGGUGGCGGUGGUGGCGACGGUCCGCGAAGCUCGUGGGCUGCCCGCCAGCGUCGUGUCUGCCUUUGUCCACCGGGUGGCGUUGGAGAGCCCCGCCGAGGGCGGGCGCCGGGCUAUUCUGACGCAGCUGAGUGGGGACGUUCGCCUCGAACGCGACGUCGACCUGGAGACACUCGCCAAAGUCACGGCUGGUUUGGCCUUGGGCGACCUGCGCGCCCUGCUGGUGGAGGCCGGCCGUGCGGCGUGCAGACGACUGCUCCUGGCUCGUCCCGCCCGGCGCCAGGAGGACUUGUGCUCCAGCGGCGUGAACAUCCGGCAACGGGACUUCCUGUCGGCUCUGCAGACCUUGCGGGACGCCCAGUCAGAGGCCGCUGGCGCCCCCAGGAUUCCGUCCGUGCGCUGGGAGGAUGUGGGCGGCCUGGAGCAGGUGAAGAAGGACAUCCUGGACACGGUCCAGCUUCCUCUACGGUGCCCGCAGCUCUCGUCCCUCAGGCUGAGUCGCACCGGCGUUCUGCUCCACGGGCCUCCGGGCACGGGCAAGACUCUGCUGGCCAAGGCCGUGGCCACCGAAUGCUCCAUGACCUUCCUCAGCGUGAAAGGUCCGGAGCUGCUCAACAUGUACGUGGGCCAGAGCGAGGAGAACGUCCGAGAAGCGUUUCAGAGAGCCCGCUCGGCAGCGCCCUGCGUGGUCUUCUUUGAUGAACUGGACUCCCUGGCGCCCAGCAGGGGGCGCAGCGGAGACUCCGGCGGGGUGAUGGACAGGGUGGUGUCUCAGCUGCUCGCCGAGCUGGACGCUCUGAACGCCUCCAGCCGAGUAUUUGUCAUCGGCGCCACCAACCGACCCGACCUGCUCGAUCGGUCCCUGCUCAGGCCCGGAAGGUUUGACAAGCUGGUCUACGUGGGGAUCAACGCAGACCGCGCCUCCCAGCUCCAAGUGCUCCGCGCCGUCCUCCGCAGCUUCAACCUGGACGCCUCGGUGGACCCGCGGCAGGUGUUGGAGCGUUGCCCCGCCCGCACCAGCGGCGCCGACCUGUACGCGCUGUGCUCGGACGCCAUGACGGCCGCCGUCAAGAGGAAGGUGGACGAUAUCCAUCGCGGUUUGGACUCUGAGGAGUCGCCGCUGCGCCUCACCAUGGCGGACUUUGGCGUGGCGCUACGUGACUUCCAGCCUUCGCUGUCUCCGGAGGAGGCCGCGCGAUACCGAGGCGUCGGGCACGAUGAGGCCGUGGCGAGCCCGCCGCUGUCGGGGGGACCCUAGCCCGCCGACAAAUGUGGCAAAGUGGGCGCAGGCCGCCUUUUAGCUUGGCAUCCGCACCCCGCCUCUGGACACGUCUUUUGCCUCAUCGGUCAUUCUUUUCUCACGUGGCUGAAGGGACAACAGUGUUGAACCGUACUUGAUUUUGCGGGAAGGACAGAAAUAAUGACUGUGACAACACAUUAGAAUUGUUUUGGGGGUUCCCCCCCCCCCCCCCCCCCCUUGUGCGUCG